GACUCUCAAAUUAUAUGCUAAACAGAUGGCAAAGCUACGCGUUUACAUCAAUAGCAUUUGCAUCUUCAUCAAGUACACCUAUGGAUUUUUUUCUUUUACUAAAUUAUUAUUUUUUACUAAAGUAAUAAAUCAGGAAAAAUGCUGCCUAGUGGUGGCUAGCUGAUAGCGCUAACCGUCAGUGGCUGUUUUGCUAGCAUCCCCCGGUUUAGCAUGAGACUUACAGUAUCCACUGACUGCUGUGGAGGAAUUAAAGGCCACUGAGCAAUUCUACAAUGUGACCUGAUUACUGACCACUGUCAGACGGGGGAACGACCUACCUCUCCAUGCAGGGUCAGCGCCCUAACCCCGCACUGCAGGGUGGCAUCCACUGAAGCCAUGAGAACCUCCUGUGAAGCUGUGGGGGACUCCUUCAACCCCCUACCUGCCUGCCUGGGGAGGCUUGAGCCUGGGAUAAACACAACCCGUGGGUAUCCUGAACCCCAUUUGCCUGCAGCUGUGUGGAAGAUUAUAACGCUGGGCUAGAGAGGGAAGAGAGGAGGGUAAAAUAAGGACAGAGUACGGGCAUGUGGAGAAGAAAGGAAACAACAGAGAUGGUGGGCAGCAGCUGGACAUGAUUACGAUUCCCUCACCCACUUGCUCACCCUCUCAAUCUUUCACUCAGGCCUGUGCACGUGAAGGCAGCAAUCCUCCGUACCACUACCAGGAGCAGCAGCAUCGGCGGCAGCAGCGCUUUCUCCCUCUGUAACCUAAACAAUGAGUCCUACUACAGACCGGAGCAACGCACGCCAGUAGAAUGCGUUACGCGGCACCAGAACCCUUCGUUUCGCUGCUUCUUCGACCCAUCACCUAAAUGAACAUGUGGAUACCCACGGAGCAUGAAAAAUACGGCGUCGUGCUGGCCAGUUUCCGAGGCACCGUCCAGCACGGCCUGCCGCUGGAGAUUGGAGACACGGUGCAAAUCCUGGAGAAAUGUGAAGGCUGGUACCGCGGGUUCAUCCUGAAGAAUCCCAACGCCAAGGGGAUUUUCCCGUCCAGCUACAUCCACUUGAAGAAUGCCCACAUUAAGAACAAAGGGCAGUUCGAGACCGUCAUCCCCGUGGAAGACUCCGUCAUCACAGAGAUGACGUCAACGCUGCGAGACUGGGGCGCCAUGUGGAAGCAGCUCUACGUGAAGAAUGAAGGGGAUUUGUUCCACCGGCUUUGGCACGUGAUGAAUGAAAUCUUGGACCUUAGGAGGCAGGUGCUGGUGGGCCACCUCACCCAUGACCGCAUGAGGGAUGUCAAGCAGCACAUCACGGCCAGAUUGGACUGGGGGAAUGAACAGCUCGGCUUGGACCUGGUCCCCAGACGAGAGUUCAGCAUGGUGGACCCGGAUGAAAUCAGCGUCACGGAGCUUUACAGACUGAUGGAACAUCGGCAUCGUAAGAAGGAGACCCCUGCUCCUGCCAGUACUCAUCACUUGUUCGUCCACGUGAAGAGCCUGAUGAACGCCAAUGUGGGAGAGGAGCUGGAAGUCUUCUUCCACAUUUACGACGGACGGGAGAACCGGCCGCUCAGUGAAAGGUUCUUUGUCAGGCUGAAUAAGAGCGGGUUGCCCAAGUCGCCGGAGAAGACAGAAAGACAAUGCACGCUGUUUGUGGAUUUGGGAAGCAGCGAUCUCCGAAAAGACGUCUAUAUUGUUGUUCAUAUCGUAAGAAUAGGGAGGAUGGGAGCCGGGGAGAAGAAGAACCUGUGCAGCGUACAGUACAGGCGGCCGUUCGGCUGCGCCGUCGUCAGCAUCGCUGAUCUCCUCACCGCUGACUCCAAAGAUGACCACCUGCUCAAGGUUUACGCGUGUAAUACUGAGAGUGAGUGGAACCUGAUCCAUGAGAACAUCAUCAAAAAGGCCAAUUCUCGGUACAACCUGUCUGGAUCCAACACUGGCCUCGCGGUGGCUCUCCAGCUGCUCCACGGCGACAUCGAUCAGCUGAGGCGGGAGUACAUGGUCCUCUUCACCAGGGGUGUGUCCAUCACCAGAAAGCUGGGCUUCUCUGACGUCAUCAUGCCAGGAGAGAUGAGGAAUGACCUUUACGUCACACUGGAGAAAGGAGAGUUUGAGAAGGGUGGGAAGAGCGUGGCCAGGAACGUGGAGGUCACGGUUUACGUGCUGGACAUCGACGGGCAGAUCCUCAAGAGUUACGUGGCUGCCGGCUCGGGCGAACCGGGCGGGGACGAGUACCACUCCUUGGUGCUGUACCACAACAACAGUCCCCGCUGGGCAGAGCAGCUGAAGCUCCCUAUUCCAGUUGACAUGUUUCGGGGGUCGCAUGUCCGGUUUGAGUUCCGACACUGUUCCACGAAGGACAAGGGAGAGAAGAAACUGUUCGGCUACUCCUUUGUUCCGCUCAUGCAGGAGGAUGGUAGGACUCUUCCAGAUGGCACUCAUGAGCUCAUUAUUCACAAGUGCGAGGAGAACACCAGCUUGGCCGACUCGUCGCGCUACCUGAAGCUGCCGUUUUCCAAGGCCAACCUCCCGUCCAACAACCAGACGCUGAAAGGCAUCAAGGAGUCGUUCUGGAUCACCAGCUUCCUCUGCUCCACCAAGCUCACACAAAACGGUGACAUGCUGGACCUGUUGAAGUGGCGCGCCCAUCCCGAAAGAAUCAACGACAGCCUCUCCAAGCUGAAGGAGAUCGACGGCUCGGAGAUCGUCAAAUUCCUGCAGGACACUCUGGACACUCUCUUUGGCAUCCUGGAUGAGAGCUCUCAGAGAUACGGGCUGAAGGUGUUCGAUUCGCUGGUCCACAUCAUCAACCUCCUGCAGGACAGCAAGUUCCAGCAUUUCAAGCCAGUCAUGGACACGUAUAUCGAGAGCCACUUUGCUGGAGCCCUUUCCUACAGGGACCUGAUCAAGGUACUAAAAUGGUAUGUGGACCGCAUCGUGGAUGCAGAGCAUCAGGAUCAUAUCCAGCAGGUUCUCAAGGCCAGCGAGUACAUCUUCAAGUACAUUAUCCAGUCUCGCCGGCUCUUCUCGUUGGCCACAGGAGGCCAGAACGAGGAGGAGUUCAGAGUCUGCAUCCAUGAGCUCUUCAUGUCCAUCCGCUUCUUCCUGUCACAGGAAAACAAAGGCACGACUCCCGUCGCACAGACCCAGGCCGUGUUCCUGCGGACGUUUCCGGCUGUGUACGGUGAGCUGUUGAAGAUCUUCACAGUGCGGGAGGUGGCGGGCUUUGUCAGGGAGACGCUGGGCAGUCUGCCCACCACGGUCAAUGCAGAGUGCCCCCUGGAGGCCGUGAAGCUGCAGUGCAUCGGCAAGACUGUGGAAAGCCAGCUUUACAUAAACCCAGAUUCUCGAUGCAUCCUGUUGCCGGUGGUGCUCAGAGUCCUCCAAGCCCACAUGCAGGAGCAGAGGGACUUGGUCAUGUGUGCCAGCAUCCUCACCAGCAUGCUGUCCCUCAUCAAAAAGGAGGAAAACGGCACAGUGGAGCCUGUCGUCUCUGAGGAGGUGGAGUUAAUUGUUGAAAGCCUUCUGGGAGUUUUACUUCGGACCAUCCUGGAAAUUAGUAAUCGGCCCCAGUCUACUGGAUCCGCCAUGAGACUACAGUUUCAGGAUGUCACUGGAGAGUUUGUGGCUUGUUUGUUGGCGCUGCUGCGACAGAUGACUGACAAACAUUAUCAGAAGCUGCUACAGGCAUUUAGCAGCAAAGACGACCUGAGGGACUUCCUUCUUCAGAUCUUCACCGUCUUCAGGAUCUUAAUUCGACCAGAAAUGUUUCCUAAAGACUGGACCGUCAUGCGGUUGGUCACCAACAACGUCAUCAUCACCACUGUCCUUUACCUUUCUGAUGCUCUAAGGAAAAACUUCCUUAAUGACAAGUUUGACUACAAGGUGUGGGAUUCGUAUUUCUAUCUGUCCGUCAUAUUUAUCAACCAGCCUUGUCUGCAACUGGAGUCGUUUUCUCCCUCCAAGAGGAAGAAGAUACUGGAAAAGUACGGUGACAUGCGGGUGAUGAUGGGCUGUGAGAUCUUCAGCAUGUGGCAGAACUUAGGGGAACACAAGUUGAACUUCAUUCCAGCCAUGAUUGGUCCUUUUCUGGAGGUGACGCUAGUGCCACAACCUGAUCUGAGGAAUGUCAUGAUCCCCAUCUUCCACGACAUGAUGGACUGGGAGCAAAGACGCAGCGGCAAUUUCAAACAGGUGGAGGCCAGGCUGAUUGACAAGCUGGACAGCCUGAUGUCUGAGGGCAAAGGAGAUGAAACGUACAGGGAGCUCUUCAACAGCAUAAUUCCUCUGUUUGGUCCGUACCCUAGCCUGCUGAAGAAAAUUGAGCGAGAGACCUGGAGGGAGAGUGGGAUCUCGCUGAUCGCUACCGUCACUCGCCUAAUGGAGAGAUUGCUGGACUAUAGGGACUGCAUGAAGCUGGGGGAAGUGGAUGGGAAAAAGAUUGGCUGUACUGUCAGUUUACUGAACUUCUACAAAACCGAGUUAAACAAAGAGGAGAUGUACAUCCGCUACAUUCACAAGCUCUACGACCUGCACUUAAAAGCCCAGAACUAUACAGAGGCCUCAUACACGCUGCUGCUGUACGACGAGUUACUGGAAUGGUCCGACAGGCCUCUCAGAGAGUUCCUCAACUACCCCAUGCAGAGCGAGUGGCAGCGGAAGGAGUACCUGCACCUCACCAUCGUCCAGAACUUUGACAGGGGCAAGUGUUGGGAGAAUGGCAUCAUCCUGUGCAGAGAACUGGCUGAUCAGUAUGAGUCCUACUAUGACUACAGGAACUUGAGCAAGAUGAGGAUGAUGGAAGCGUCUCUCUACGACAAGAUCAUGGACCAGCAAAGGCUAGAGCCUGAAUUCUUCAGAGUCGGUUUCUAUGGAAAAAAGUUUCCCUUCUUCUUACGGAAUAAGGAGUUUGUGUGCCGCGGCCAUGACUACGAGAGGCUGGAGGCUUUCCAGCAGCGGAUGCUUAACGAGUUUCCCCAUGCCAUCGCCAUGCAGCACGUCAACCAGCCAGACCAGACCAUAUACCAGGCCGACGCUCAGUACCUGCAGAUCUACGCCGUCACCCCCAUCCCGGAGAAUCAGGACGUGCUGCAGAGAGACGGAGUGCCUGACAACAUCAAAAGCUUCUACAAGUUCAAUCACAUCUGGAGGUUCAGAUAUGACCGGCCGUUUCACAAGGGAACCAAAGACAAGGAGAAUGAGUUCAAGAGCCUGUGGGUGGAGAGGACGACCCUGACGCUGGUCCAGAGUCUUCCCGGCAUCUCCCGCUGGUUUGAGGUGGAGAAGAGAGAGCUGGUGGAGGUGAGCCCCCUGGAGAACGCCAUCGAGGUCAUAGAGAACAAGAACUUGCAAUUACGCACAUUGAUCACCCAGUGUCAGAGCCGGCAAAUGCAGAACAUCAACCCUCUCACCAUGUGCCUCAACGGGGUCAUCGACGCGGCUGUCAACGGGGGACUGGCCCGCUACCAAGAGGCCUUUUUCGUAAAGGACUACAUUAUGAAUCACCCCGAGGACGGCGAGAAGAUCGGAAGACUGAGGGAGCUCAUGUUUGAACAGGCGCAUAUUCUGGAGUACGGCCUCGCUGUGCACGAGAAGUUCGUCCCCCAGGACAUGAGGCCUCUGCACAAAAAGCUGGUGGACCAGUUUCACCUGAUGAAAUCCAGCCUGGGCAUUCAGGAGUUUCCGGCGUAUGUGCGCGCCAGCCCCGUCCACUUCACCAAUGGAAGUCCGCGGCCGUGCAGGAACUCGGUGCCCAGCAUCAUUAGCCCGGAGGGCGGCAGGACGGUCGCAAGGCGGAGCUACCCUGCGGUGAAUCGCUAUUCCUCGUCCUCUCUGUCGUCCCAGGCCUCCAAUGAAGUCAGCAACAUCACUGGGCAGUCAGAGAGCUCGGAUGAAGUCUUUAACAUGCAGCCCAGUCCAUCUACCUCAAGCCUCAGCUCCAACCACUCCGCCUCACCCAACGUCACCAGCUCAGCCCCCUCCAGCGCCAGAGGUUCGCCUCAAAUGGCAGAGAAACACAAGCAUUCCAGAGAAAAUGCCUGCUUGUCUCCGAGAGAGAGGCCAGUCAGCGCCAUCUUCCCCAACCCGCUGGACCCUGCACAGAGAGCUCCUCCUCAUCAGAUAGGUGAUACCACUCUACCAAGAAGUGACCCCAACCUCUCAGCACCAGACAAAGUGAGACCCACACCCAGUAGCUGGAGCCUAGACAGUGCCAAAGAGGGCGCUCCAUCCUUCUCUGACUCUGCUGGCAAGUUGCUAUGCCCUCCCGUGCCUCCUAGGCCACAUUACUCAGCAGGCUCCUCGGCUAAAAGCAUGGGGUCGCAGUCACCUGUCCCCACUUCCAGAUCGCCGCAGAAGACCAUCGUGCCACCUUUCACCCCUUCACCCACCGAGUGCCAGUCCACUAGCCUGGUCUCCAACUCCCCGGUCCUGUCCGGGAGCUACAGCAGUGGCAUCUCCUCCCUCAGCCGCUGCAGCGUGUCAGAGGCCUCGGGCACCGAGCUGCCGGCAGGCGAUCACGCGCCCCAUCCUCUCCCACCGCCCGCCACCUUGCCCACCUCCGUCUCCAGCUCGGAGGAGCCCAUCCGGAGGGAGAACAAGACUCCGCCUCCCUACAGCGUGUAUGAGAGGAACAACCCCCGGCGGCCCGUCCCGCUGCCCCACAGCCUCUCCAUCCCCCCGCAGACGGACGCCCCCGCCCUGCCGCCCAAGCCUCACCAGCUUCGCACAGGCAGCAUGAAGCUGGACGGGACCUCAGAUCCUCGAGUCCCAAGACCGAGGCCUCUGCCCAGGAAGGUGUCACAGCUAUAGGUGCUGGUUGAGGCCGAUGGAAGGAGGCGGAAGAAACACACUGGCGUAUUUUGCACUUUUCUACUGGGCACUCCAUUUUUUUUGUCUCUUCAGUGUGGCAUUCCCGAUCAAAACUCCAGUGAAAGAUUCAAGCAUACACAUUAACAGUCAGGAAACUGGCUGUAUUCAGCAGAGGCAUUGCAUUGACUUGGAUGUGGUCAUCCUGCACUUUCAGCUUUCGACAUAAAACUGGUUCCCAUCAUCGCUCACAUCAUCAGAACACUUCAGACAAACCGUUUUGAUAGAUGUGAUAAUCUCCAAUCUAUGUAUAUUGGUAUAAAUGAAAAUUGUUUUUGCCUUAAGUAUUGAAAAAAGAGUCUUUUAUUCAUGAGUCUUGCACGCUUUUUUUAAAGAAACUGUACAUUUGUAUACUUUAUGGCUAUAAAGGUGCUAGAAGCCUCCAGUAUGCAUUGCAGUCAAGUGUUGUAGACAAGGGUGUGUUCCUGAGUUAUCAUAUCUGCACACACAAUAGAAUCAAACAUUAAACUAAAAUAAAUGUAACUUGAGCACAGUAAUACUAGGAAUCCUGAGGCUUACAGUGAAUCUCUACCUUAAUAACCCAAUCUACUGCCUAUUUCUGUCCUAGAAUCCUAAAAUCAACCUCGUACUGUUUACCAAGUGAAAAAAUCACAAUCCUGGACCAAACACGUGAGCAAGUGGGAGUGAAACUGCAUGUUUGUUAAACAGCUGGAAUAUAUCAUCGACCAUUUAUGUGAAUGCACCCUCAUUCCUUCUGCAUGAUGUACUGUACAUGACAAUGGAUCUUUAGGGGGAUUUGUGCCAAAGGAUAAUGAACAAUUUGCUGUAAAGACACUUUUGUUCUGUUUUGCUGGUCCUGGACUCAAAUGCUUGCAUAUUUUCCGCUAAAAAGGUGUUUUAGGAAAGAGAUCUUUUAACACAGUUAUACCCACAAAUUCCAAUUAAACUGUAACCGAUCCGUUGUAAAGCACAAACAAGAUUUUAUUCUGUGUGACCAGUACUGUUAUUAUAAUCUCGCUAUUGAACAGAGCAGUAAUUGGAAGAGAGUCUCAGUGUCAGCAGUGACCUUAAAACACGAGGCCUGACACUCUCCUGGAAAAAUAUUUACAGACUAAUCAUUGUCAAAUAUUUGUACAGUUAAAAUUUACUUUGCGUUUAAUUAAAAAGACGGACGUGAGUUGACUGCUCUAUAAACACAUUUCAACCACUGCAUAGUUGCAGUGCACUAAGAGCUCAGUUGCAGACGGAUAAUACACUGUAGAACAGAGCAAAUAUUGCCAUAAAAUAAUUCAUUUUUAAAUUUCAUGUCACAUUUUUCGGGGGGAAUUAGCUUUAGUAUUGUUUGUAUGCCUAAUUUUUUGUAUGGUUAAUUUACUUUCUGAUUUGUUGUGAAUUUUUGAGAUUAAAUAUUCACCUUAAUCAGUACUUGAGAACUUGUAAAUGAUGAUGAGAUUAAUGUAAGUAUGCCAAAUAUAAAAUUUGUGUAUUACAAUUAAUGUAAAUAUUGUGUUUUUAACAAAAUGUAGCUAUAACAAUUUACAGCUUUGAAUGUAAUGUUGAAGCAGCAAAUUAUUAUUAUAAAUGUUCAAACUUUUAUGGUUUUGUGAGUGUAGACAGACUAAGGUCAUGCGUAAUGACGCCUAACACAUUUAGUUCAAUAAACUGAUAAUAAACUGUAACAUAUCUGGA